CGCACGCACGAUUUUGCCACCCAUGCGUACGUUGCUGAAGAUGUGCCGCUCUCUUUUGACGAUGUUGUCGAUCAUCGCAUGCUUGUUGUCCAUUUUUCUGUUCCCAGGGGCGGGGAUCAAGAAAUCGCCAAAAAGAAUAUACCUUUCGCUUUUGAUAAGACUAGGCUCCAUGAUCCCAGGGCGCGCAGUGUGUUUCAGCAUCACAUGUCCUGCAUGCCUGAUUGCAGCAGCCUCGAUGUUGAUCAGCAUCUUGCGCAGUUGGAACAGUGGACACGAGAGUCGGCACUGCGUGCUUUUGGACACCCCAAGCCCCAACCCCAGAAGACGUGGCUUUCGGCCAUGACGUGGAGCGUCGUCCAGCACGUGGCGCCGAUGCAGAGAACGCUCCAUAAGUUCCACGAGCUUCGCAAGAGGGUUGUGUUGCGUCUUGUGUUCAGCGUGCUGGCCUCCGCGGUUCCGUGCGCUUUUCCAGCGCGCCCGAAUGCAACUUGCGGGUGGCUUGCCCAGAGCAGGGCGCACGAGUUCCGCAAGCAGCUGCAUCACUGUCGUGUGUUUGUUGCUUGUCUUCACAAAUGUCUUCGCUUGUUCAAGCUUGUUAUCCAACCCCUGGUUCGCAUUGACCGGCAGCGCAUGUUUCACGAUCUCGCUUGGAAGAUCGAGUGCGCCGCGCGCAAUAACGAACCGAUGAAUAUGCACCGCGUCCUCCGACACGUGAGGGGUGACGGUAAAAGGGCCCCUCCAGCGACCGUGAAGGAUGAAGACGGUAAGCUUGUGCCCAAUGAGAAGGAACGGCAGGCGCGGUGGUUGCGACAUUUUGCCUCUGUGUUCCGAGGGCGGAUCGUUGACAAAGGAGCUUUAUAACACCCCGUCUUCAACUUCCCCCAGUCCGGUCGACGGGGGGGGUUUCCAGUCCACCCCGACCUCCACUCUCGCCUCCUUCAGUGCCCUGCGCAGGGGUAAAGGGGUCGGCGGCGAUAGGAUUCCUGCGGAACUGCUGCAAGCGGGAGGCAUGGCCCUUGCCGCCCAGUACGACCGGUUGACCCAUCGAGUGGAUGGGGGCUCGGAUGCAGGACUUGUGGAAAAAGAAAGGUGAUCGAGGCGUGUGCGACAACUCACGUGGCAUUCAAAUCGCGCCCCAUGCGAGCAAAGGACUGUGCCUUCAGCUGAGAGGCGUCAUUGACCCGAUUUAUAAAGAGCGGCUGCCCCCCAGCCAGCAUGGGGCCGUCAAGGGGGAGGUACAGAUUAUGCUCAUCAUCUCAUUCGUGCCACGAUCGAGUAUGCAAACUUGCACUGUUUAUCGAUUUUCGUUUUGUUCUUGGCCUUGAUCAAGGCGUUUGACCAGAUCGUUCGAGAGCUGGUGGUUGGCUUCCACGAUGCCCCCGACCCGUUGCAGCAUUUGCGCGAUCUCGGCAUAGAUGUCGACACCGCUACUUGGCUUGUCAACUACAUCCAAAACAAUGGUCAUGUGUUCCGGCAGUGGGGCGUUUCACCGAAAAUCACCAGGCUUGUGGCCAAAUUGCACCAAGGCUCCUGGUUUUCAUAUGGUGAUCAGCCCAAAGUUGUCGCCAGCAAGUUAGGGGGGAGGCAGGGAUGCGUUCUCGGUGCGACCAUGUUUAAUUGUGGCUAUGCUGUUCCAUUGCACGUCUUGCAAGCUGAACUUGCCGCUACGGAGAUAUUGUUACGAGCGCAUUACUCCCCGGACCCGGUGUGGGCAUCGACGCGUCCAGCUCCUGCGGAGCCAGUGGACGUCAUCGACGCCACGUUUGUUGAUGACGAAGCGGUUGUGUUGACAGCCGAGUCCCCUGCAUUGCUCGAUCGUGCCAUUCGCGUUGUUCUGCGCACGGUGCAGCGGAUCUGUACUUUGUUUGCGCUCAACAUCAAUUGGUCCCCUGGCAAAAGCGAGUGCCUGCUCAGGUACCGGGGGCGAAAUGCCACGAAGUUUUGGGCUAAGCACAGGCACGAGGAUGGAUGCUACAUAUCCACUCCAUCGUGCCCGGACAUAAAACUGAUCAUCGUCGAGCGUUACAAGCAUUUGGGUAGCUACAUCAGCCUGAAAGGCACUUGCCUUAAGGAUGGCAACCACCGGGCCGAAUCGGCAAUGAGUGCGUAUGUGCCGUUGGCACGCACGAUUUUUGGCAGCCCGUUUGUUGCUGUGUCCACGAAACACCAUGUGAAAGAGUCGCUCAUUCACAGCCGCUUGUUCUUUCACACCCAGUGCGUUGUCGUGACUGUUCCCUUCCUGCGCGCGUUGAAUCAUGCGUACAUGCGUGUCAUUCGGCAAAUUUGUGGGUGUCCUCAGUUUGAUGCUUCAUGUGAGUCUGAUUACACGGUCCGUCGACGUCACCAGAUCGACAGCGUCGAUUGUAUCAUACGGCGGAGGAGGCUCUGUUACCUUGCCCGCUUGUGCAUGUGCCAACGGAGGCCUCUUCUCGCCUUGUUAUCAGAUGCGCGUGGUGGAAGAAUCCACCCAUGGAUUGUUCAAAUCCGUGAUGACCUGCGCUACAUGUGCCAACGGCUCCCGUUGCCAGAUCAGCUUCGUGGCUUCGACCCUGAUGCUGACGGUGACCGGUGGCAAAAAUUCAUGGUUGAGCAUCCUUCGGAAUGGGGUAGCCUUGUCAGUCGCAUUCGUUUUUGCGAAUCAGUAUGUGAUAAAAACGCGCCACCCCAGGGGUCUGCUGUCAAGUCGUUCGUUUGCACGCUGUGUCCUCCAGGUGAUGCCGCUCGCUUUGCCUGCGAGAAAGACUUGCUACAGCAUCAGCGGAUCAAGCCCAAGAGACGGAACCCAAUGUCGCUGAUUAUCGCUGAUAUCAGUGUCUGCCCGUCUUGUGGGACAGAAUUUAGGCAGAGACACAGACUGCUGCGGCAUCUCACGGACAGGAGGCGGACCAAGUGUCAGCGAGCGGUUCUGGCCAUGGGUUUGCCCUCUCUGACCGAAGCUGAACUGCAGAGGCUGGACACCCAGACCCGAGAGCUCGCUGCAACCAGUCGCAAGGAGGGACACAGUCACCCCCUUGCCAGCGGUACAGCGCUUACGGCAACCGGCAAAAGGAUUGGGCACGCCCUGUCGGCGUAAUCGUCCUUCGACUGUACAGAGUUUUCUCGCAGAUGCCCUUGAGACACUCUAAGAGUACCCCUCGGCAACAAAA